UACGUAUAAAUAAAGUUUAUUAUUAUUUAUCAUAAUAUGUACAUUAAUCAUUAUCUUUUCCAUCAUCGUCAAUCGUAUCCUAAUUAAAAAUCACAUUUCAAUUUUCAAACGGGCGCGGUGAGCGUGACGUCAUCUACGUUUGCGCAUUGCAAGCAAAGGUUAUAAUCUACCUUUCUCUCUCGCACCCAACUUGGACACAAAUCGUUUCCAUAGGAAGCAUAGGCUAUUCCCCUUCCAGAUAUAUGUAUAUGUUCUAAGAUUUUUGUGGUGGGAGUACUACCUUAACAGACAUGAAUUUGAUAGCUAGAUUCCAGAGAAAGCUUAGUAGCGGCGUGAUAUCUGCGCAGUAACGUUUGCGUCAUGCGGCACGAUUUUUUACGUCCUUAGCGUCGCGCCGUUACCGCGUUGCUUAAUUUAAAAAAUUAGAAAAUGAUAGAUAAAGGUUAAAGUUGAACCGAGAAAGUUGAUCUACGUUGUUAGAAAGGUAGGGGUAAGCCUAAUACUGAUGUAGUUAUUGGGUAUAAAAGGAAAGCGAGAAAAGAGCGAGGUAGGCCAGUAAAGCACAGAAUACCUUGUACUGCGGACUGAUAUUUUGUAAACUGAACAAUAACCGUACAAGUCGUCACAUUAUUGUAAUAGAAAAAUUUUUUGUAAAAGUAAAAGAAAAUAUAUUGUUCUUUUAACCCGUAAACUUUUAACUCGACGUGUUCGUGAGUGACCUGUGUCUCGAGGAGUCCCGGUAGCGUGCCCCCCAAAAAUAAGUUCUAUAACCUCAGGACGACAAUAAUCAUUAUUAAAAAUUUCUUCGCAAGGAGAGAUCAAGAAAGGCCUGCGUGGAAACGCAUACUAAAGUGCGUUACACUUUUGGACGUUAUUUUUUCGACUGUUAUAUUGCAACGAGGAGAAUGGCUUUUUCCAAAACUCAAAACAUGUGGAUGACAAUGGAGAAAGAAGAUCAGGGGAUGAUGGCAGUGUGGCCGGACGUUGUUCGCGAUAUUACGGAAAUGGUUACAAAUUUAAACAUUCCUGAUAUUGAUAAAUGGUUGGAAAAAGUAUUACAAUAUAAUGUCCCAACAACAAAGAAAAUUUUGGGUUUAUCAUUAAUCUAUAUUUAUAAAUCGCUAGUACCUGAGGAACAACAGACAGAAGAUAAUAUUCGCUUAGUGCAAAUUUUAGCAUGGUGUGCGGAAAUGGCAUUAUCCAAUUUAGUCAUGAUCGAUGACAUCAUGGAUCGAUCGUCAUUUCGUCGAGGCCAACCAUGUUGGUAUCGGUACAAUAAUAUUGGUUUAAUGGCAAUUAAUGAUGGUUUAUUAUUAGAGAGCGUUUUGUAUUAUUUAAUUAAAAAACAUUUUAAAGGAAAAGAAUGUUAUAUUAAUUUACUGGAAACAUACCAAGAUGCUAUUUUCAAGACACAACUAGGUCAGAGUUUAGAUAUGUACAUGAUUAAAUGCAACAAAAAGCCUAAUGACUCAAUAAAUCUGGAUCUAUUUACAAUGAAUCGAUGUAGAUUACUUGUUACAUAUAAAGCAUAUUUAAUAGUUAUACCAAUAUUCGCAGCAAUGCAUUUUGCUGGAAUAAAAGAUCCAGAGAUGUUCAAGAAAGCAAAAAACAUCGCGUUAGACAUUGGGUAUUUAAUACAAGCUCGAGACGAUUAUUUAGGCUGCUAUGGAAGUUAUGAAACUACCCACAAAAUAUGUACUGAUAUAGAAGAAGGAAAAUGUUCGUGGGUAGUUGUUACGGCUCUUCAACGCGUCACUCCAGAACAGCGUAAAAUUUUAGAAGAAUGUUACGGAGUUUCGGAUCCAGAGAAAGUGAAACGCGUGAAACAGCUCUUCACUGAUCUAGAUUUGCCGAACAUAUAUUCUAAACACGAAAAAGAGACAUAUAAUGAAAUAAAUGAACAAAUACAGCAACUAUCAUGUGGACUUCUACGCAAUUAUUUCUUCGAUUUUUUAGAAAAGAUUUGUGACAGGGAGGAAUUUUAUUUUUAAACUGUCAAUUUAGAAACAUGUUUUUUUUUCAAGGAAGGGUCUAACAUAGGUUAUUUAGGACGGUGUAAUCUAUUUUCUUAUGUUUACACAAGUAAAAAAUCUUUGUUUUAAUUAAAGCUCGCAGAAAAUAAAUAUUUUGCGGUGCUUUCUAUAUCAGUAAUACAUAAUAGUAUAUGUUAUCAUAGAAGAAACAUUUUUAGAUUUAAUACAUAUUCGAAUCUUUUAAUCCAUUUUGUUGAUUUUUUUGCAAACAACAGUACACGUUAAUAUUUUUUCAUCAUUAUUGUAUUUUAUCGUAAUACUUAUAUCGUAAUAAGUUGUGUUUAAUUUGGCGUUCAUCAUGAUAUUUGUAAGCAUUAUUUGUUCUUGUUUAAUUUUUGAUACACGGAAAAAAUUUUAUAUCAAAUAUUACUAUGUACGAUAGACACGAUAGUAACUAUAGACUAUAAGAUUACAUUUUAGAGAGUUAUACCAUAAGUAGUGUGGCAAUUUAAUAAAAAACAAUAAAAGUUUUAAUAAUUUUUUUCUUGAUUCGCCUUUAUUACUAUUCGUGUAAUUUUUGAAC